AUGGAUCAGCUCCUCACCACUCUCUGGAGUAGAGGCGGCUGGUUCCGCGCAUUUACACCUCCUUCACCCGUCGACGAUGCUCCCCAGGCUCCUCAAACUCCUCAAGGAACACCCAUUCUCGACGUCCCAUCCGAUGUUCUGCUUCUCAUCGGAGACUACCUCAAUGAUGCAGAACUCCUCAGUCUCAAGCUCGCCUGCCGGAGCACCUAUGCUCUGUUUCCACAAACCUACAAGUCGCUGCCGCCAUAUCUAAAGAAGCGUUUCCUCCCCAUUAUUGAAAAGGAUCCCUUGGGCAAGGGAACCGUCUAUUGCCAUGUUUGCAACAGGCUUCAUCCUUUCAACGAGACGACUGGACCUCACUCUGGACCCGAGUUGGGCGUUGAUGGGAAACGACUCAAGUGUAUGAGCCGAGAUCGAUUCUCUCCAACCGGCAACCCCUUUUCACUGAGCUACACCCAUGCCAGGCUAGCCAUGAACGGCCACCUAUACGGGCCCGAAUACGGCAUCCCGCUGGCCAACCUGUGCACCGAGCAGAGCGAGCAUCGAGAGCUGAUGACGAUACGAUGCUCGACGUCGGCCAAGAUUAUGGACGACGAGCUAUUCUUACAGCGCACCUACGCUCUGACAGUCGCUAAUAGAGAUGUGGCCGAGUUCCGCAAGUGCACCGGCGCGCGCGACAUCAAGCUGUGCGAGCACACUUCUCUAUUUCCCGCCUCAUCGCCCUUUCGCCAGUCCAUCCCCGAGCUGCUCAAGAAGCCCGCAGCUGGAGGCGAUGGCCUCGUCCCAUGCCGCGAGGCUCCGGGAUCGUGUGGCUUGUGCCUGAUGGAUUAUGACAUCACGAUCCAGCCUUGUGCCGACGAUUCACACAGUAUCGUCAUCCGAGCCAUCCACCAGCUCGGAUCUUGCCGCUCUCCGCGCGACUGGAAGUGGGCGAGAUUCAGCGAGAGCUACCGCAUCCAUAUCUUCUACCCCAGUCGGCCUAAUCGUCGCGGAUCGACCUACAGCCCCGGGUCCCUCCACAAACGAUGGGACGAUGACGAGAGGGAAGCCUGCGCUGUGCUGGGCGGAGGAUCCGGCAGUCUGUUUGGUUUGUCUUUAUUCAGCUAG